GCAUAGAAAGCUACAGCAUUGCCUGGAAAGGUCCAGAAAAAAGGGGGUAGCGGAAGCUUGAAGCGGUUAGCCGUGAGCGAAAGUGAAUGUAGUAGUACUAGGCAUGGAGAAGUUUCUCGAAAGUUCGCCGGCUGUGAGAUAUAAAUGGUUGGAGGAGAGGUGGGUGGUGAUCUGAUCUAAAGCUGCAAUCGGAGCUGAGAGAAGCAGAGCGGCGGUUCUCCGAGACUCGUAGUGGCAAUCGCACAUCGGGAGGGCGCAUUGGCCGCAUUUAGAAGAGGCGGUGUUGGGUGGUUGCUGACUGUGGAGCGGGGAAAAACAAUCCGAAGAUGUCGGUGGUCGGAUUUGAUGUUGGAUUUCAGAACUGCUACAUCGCAGUUGCCAGAGCCGGAGGAAUUGAAACUGUAGCGAACGAAUUCACCGACAGAUGCACGCCAGCUGUUGUGUCAUUUGGUUCCAAAAACAGAACAAUUGGUAAUGCAGCAAAAAAUCAUCUCAUUACCAAUGCAAGGAACACGGUCUUUAACUUCAAGAGGUUACAUGGAAGACCAUUCCAAGACCCUGUUGUCCAAAGUGAGAAGGCCAACCUGCCCUAUGAUUUGGUUCCCCUGCAGAAUGGCAGUGUUGGGGCAAAGGUGAUGUAUCUCGAUGAAGAGCACCACUUCAGUGUGGGACAAAUAAUGGCCAUGCUCUUGACUAAGAUGAAGGAGACAGCUGAGAACAAUCUACAGAAGAAAGUCACAGACUGUGUCAUCUCUGUCCCCACAUUCUUCACUGAUGCCGAAAGAAGAUCUGUCCUGGAUGCUUCCCAGAUUGCUGGUUUGAAUUGCCUGAGGCUGAUGAAUGACACUACAGCUGUUGCACUGAAUUAUGGGAUAUAUAAACAGGACCUUCCAUCCCCAGAAGAAAAACCCAAGAUUGUGGUCUUUGUUGACAUGGGUCAUUCAGCUUUUCAGGUUUCUGCAUGUGCUUUUAACAAGGGCAAGCUUAAGGUGCUAGCUACUGCAUUUGAUCCUUACCUGGGUGGAAGGAACUUUGAUCAGAGGCUGGUGGAUUAUUUCAGCGUGGAGUUUAAGUCCAAGUAUAACCUAGAUGUGAAGAGCAGGGUACGAGCCCUACUGCGCCUCCAUCAGGAAUGUGAGAAGCUCAAGAAACUCAUGAGCAGCAAUUCCACAGACAUUCCCCUCAACAUUGAGUGCUUCAUGGAUGACAAGGAUGUUGCUGGAAAAAUGAACAGGGCUCAGUUUGAGGAGAUGUGUGCUGAUCUAAUAGAGCGGGUAGUGGCUCCACUGAAAGCAGUUGUCGAACAAGCUCAGCUUCAGCUUCAAGACAUUAGCUCUGUGGAGAUCGUAGGGGGCGCAACUCGCAUUCCAGCCGUUAAGGAAAGGAUUGUGAAGUUCUUUGGAAAGGAUGUCAGCACGACGCUGAAUGCUGAUGAAGCUGUUGCAAGGGGUUGUGCUUUACAGUGUGCCAUUCUUUCACCUGCCUUUAAAGUGAGAGAUUUCUCCAUCACAGAUGCGGUCUCCUUUCCAGUAUCACUUUCCUGGAGCACAGAAGUUGAUGAGCCCAUGGGGAACCAUGAAGUGUUUUGCAAGAAUCAUAUCUCUCCUUUCUCCAAAGUCAUCACUUUCUACAGGAGAGAUCCUUUUAUGCUGGAAGCCUUUUAUACAGACCCAAAUACUCUGCCUUACCCUGAAGCCAAGAUUGGUCAGUUUACUGUGCAGAAUGUGACCCCACAGGAUGAUGGGGAGAAGUCCAAGGUGAAAGUGAAGGUGCGAGUGAACGCUCAUGGAAUUGUCAGCGUCUCUUCUGCAUCCAUGGUGCAGAAAGUUAAAACUGAGGAUGAUGAUUCCACUUCAAUAAUGGAUGACAUGGAAGAGGAGGCCAAUUCCCAGGAGAGUACUGUGAUUGUAGAUGGAGAGAACAAGGCACCAGGGAAAAGUGAGGGCGAAACACUGCCCCACAUACAGAUAGAAAAUCACCAAGCACAGUCUCCCCCUUCACCCGAUCCUACUGAAGAGGGGAAGCAAAACGAUGUUACCCCACAGAAAGUGAAUGGAGAACUUAAAGCACACCAACCACCUGAAGCAAAGAAACCGAAGAUAAAGGUAAAAAAUGUUGAUCUGCCCAUUCAGGCUGAGCUAGUGUGGCAGCUGGGUAAAGAGCAGCUCAACGCCUAUUUGGAACAGGAGGGUAAGAUGCAAAUACAAGACAAACUGGAGAAUGAAAGAAAUAAUGCCAAAAACGCUGUGGAGGAAUAUGUGUACUACUUCCGGCACAAACUUGAAGGCCCUUAUGAAGUUUUUGUCAGCAAACAAGAUCGAGAGAAAUUCACACAACUGCUAGACCAGACGGAAAACUGGCUGUAUGACGAAGGGGAAGACCAGCCCAAGCAAGCCUACCUUGACAAGAUGGAGGAGCUGAAGAAACUAGGCAUGCCUGUCCAGGAAAGAUACCAAGAAGCUGAAGUUAGGCCCAAGCUGUUUGAAGAGAUCACAUCCAAAAUGCAGGCUUAUGUGAAGAUAACAGAAGAUUACAGGAAUGGGGAUGAGAAGUACAUUCACAUUGAUGCGCCUGACAUGGAGAAGGUAACAAAAUGUGUCCGAGAAACAAUGGAGUGGGUGAACAAUGUAAAAAAUGCCCAGGACCAACUCCAACCAGAUCAGGACCCCGUGGUGCGCGUUGCACAGAUUAAAGCCAAACUUAAGGAGCUAUAUAUUACCUGUGAACCUGUUGUCUCAAAGCCUAAGCCCAGAGUAGAGUCUCCUGUAGAGGACAACGGACAAAUAGAAGAAAAUGCCAGUAUCAAGAAGACAGAAGCUAAAACUAUGGAGGAGCAUGUCAUCACUCCUGAGGAAAUCUCUCAAAAUGGUAUAAAUGGCACUACGAACAUGGACCUCAAUUAGAUGGGGUUUUUUUUUUUAAACGUGGAUGUAAAAACUCUUGCAUUUUGUAAUAGACCCCUAUUAUGAAUGAACUAAGUUGUAUUGGAUUCAGAGUUGGUCACUGCUAUAGAUGUGUCCAGUGUGCUUCAUACAAGCAAAAUCUGAAUUCUUUCUGCUAUAUUAUAAAAUGUCUUCUUGCAUUGUUUAAAUCUGACAUCACAGUCCUCAUUGGUGUUGCGUUUAAUUCCACAUUAGUUUUGCAAACAGUUAAUUUUUGUAAAAUACGUAACUUGGUUUCUGACUUCACAUGUAUGUAGUUAUUCAAUGUUGGAAGCUUUUUGUUUUGUAUUUAAAACAUGACAAUAUAGCAUUGAAUAUACUGAUUCGAUAAUGAAGUUUAAUGUUUGGAAAUAUUGCUGACUUCAAGAGCUGAAUGAAAAUCCUGCUUAUUUUUGCACAUUUAAAAUUCCUGUGGAAUUGUUACAUACUGUGCAGCAUGAAGAAAGUAGUGUAUCCAAACAAAAUGUACUAAGAUGCAGUAAAGUGGCUAAUGGUGGCAUGUUUAAAAGUCUUCAGUUGUUCACAUAAUUUUGAAAUAAAGAAUUGUUCAAUAUAA